CCGCCCCGGUGCCGACCCCGCCGGUCCAUGCCCGCCCGCGGGGGGGGUUCGGGAGCCGCCGGGCGCGGCCUCACCGACCACGGACACGGCGGCGGCGGCGGCUGCAGGCGGCCCCGGCCCGGGGCCGGGCGGCCGCGCCCGCCGCACAAAGCCCUAGCUCGGUUCGGCGCCCCCAACGCCCCCCGCCCCGCCGGGGGGGGCCCUUUGUGGCGGCGGGGCCGGGCCCGGUCCCCGGAGGAACCAUGCCCAGGUCCUUCCUGGUGAAGAAGGUGAAGCUCGAUGACUUCCCCGCCGGCCUCGACGCCCCGUACGGCCGCGCCCGGGCGGAUUUCGGCUCCCGGCUGCACGAGAAGGGGUACAUCAGCGACUACAUGGCGCCGGCGGCCUUCGAGGGGGACCCCGAGGCCGCGCUGAAGGUGCCGUCCCCGGACGCCCUCUACCCCGGCGGGCGCGGGGACUUCGGCGCGGGGGACUCGGAGCCCCCCGACAGCCCCCACUCGGGCAUGGCCGGCGGGUACAUCAACGGCGACGCGGCCGUGAGCGAGGGCUACGCCGUGGACGCCUUUUUCAUCACGGACGGGCGGUCGCGGCGCAAGGCGGUGGCGGGGCCGGCGCGGAACCUGCCCCGCCACACGUGCGGCGAGUGCGGCAAGAGCUACGCCACCUCCUCCAACCUGAGCCGCCACAAGCAGACCCACCGCAGCCUGGACAGCAAGAUGGCCAAGAAGUGUCCCACGUGCGGCAAGGUGUACGUCUCCAUGCCGGCCAUGGCCAUGCACCUGCUGACCCACGACCUGAAGCACAAGUGCCAGGUGUGCGGCAAGGCCUUCAGCCGGCCCUGGCUGCUGCAGGGCCACAUGCGCUCGCACACCGGGGAGAAGCCGUUCGGCUGCGCCCACUGCGGCAAAGCCUUCGCCGACCGCUCCAACCUGCGCGCCCACAUGCAGACCCACUCCGCCUUCAAGCACUUCAAGUGCAAGCGCUGCAGCAAGACCUUCGCCCUCAAGUCCUAUCUCAACAAGCACUACGAGUCCGCCUGCUUCAAGGGGGCCGGGGCGCCCCUCAGCCCCCUGCACCCCUGAGGGAGCCGCGCCCUCCCCCCCCGCCCUUCCCCUCACCCCUCCUCGGCGUGGGAUUCACCGGGAGGAUCCAUCGCGCCCCUCCCCGCCCGUCGACAGCGCACCCACCCACCCUUCGGCAGCCGGGCUGAGAACC